AUGACCGAAAACGCCUUCCAAUUCCGCGCCGAGGUGCAAAACUAUCAUCAACACGCGCCAAUCGCGCUACACCAAUGCAAUAUUUGCAACAAAACAUUCGUCUCAUAUAAAAGCCUCCAAGUGCACACGGUGAUUCACACCGACACGAAACCAUUCGAGUGCGAGAUUUGCGGCAAAUGUUUUCGGUUCAAGUCGAAUCUGUUCGAGCACCGAAGCGUCCACACCGGCGUCGCCAUUCACCAGUGCCCGUUUUGCGCGAAACGCUUCCGUCUCAAAGGCAACAUGAAGAAGCACAUGCGAACGCACGUCGCCACCAAAGAGGAGCUCGAGAUCGCGUUUUCGCCGUACGCGAGCCUUCGCCGACGCACCGACAUCCCAACGAAUCCGGUGAUUGUGCGCGGACCACAACUGCCACUCAAUUUCAAUCUUGGAAUCAAACCUCGGCGAAUGAAGCUCUCAAUUACCGAAAACGUUGAAAAAUGGCUGGAAAGGAUUCAAAGAGGUGAAUUGAUCAAAAUUAAUUCGAUCGACGAGAAGAUUUCCCGCCUUCAGGAUUACCUCUAUAGUUGCACAUUGACGAUGAAAUCAAUUCAAGAAUGCAAAUAUAUCGAGUUUGAAGUUUUCAUGUGCCCAAUUUGUAAGCUCUUCUGCGCCGGCAAUCUCGCCUGUCAGGAGCACAUGACAAUCGAGCACAAAUCGCGAAUCGAUCAACUCGCAUCGAACACGAAUUACUGUAAUAAAUGCGCGAUUCUGUUCGCCAACGCCGAAAUGUUGAGGCAACACGAGCAGUACCACGUGAAAGUCCAACAGCUCAUCGAUGCCGGCAAUUUGAUUCUCGCCGAACCCCAACUCCUCACGUCCGACACCGUUUUGUGCGAUCUCGACAAAUCGCCGUUCAACGAGUACGAUCAGCAUUAUUUCAUGGACAAAGCCACCAGUGUGUUUUCGAUGCUCAAUGAUGACUCCGCCUCGCAAUCCGACUUCCUCCUCCCAUCAGACCAAUUCCACGUCAACGAUGAAGAAGACGUCGAAUCGACGACGACGUUCUCACUCAUCAUUGAGCACCGCGAGGGACCAUCAAGCGUCUAG